UCCGGCGCAGCGACGGGCGGCGGCGCCAAGCGCGGGGCAGGCGAGGCAGUGGAGGCGCUGCCCGAUCCAGAGCGAGAGGGCGAGAGAGCCUUGGAGCCCGGGAAGAAGGGGAGGAUGCUGCGUGGUCCGCCGCCGCCGCCGCCGCUCCUUGUCGCCUUCUUCUUCUUCUUCUUGGCUCUGCCCCUGGUGCCGGGGCGCCACUACCCGUACAGCGCCGUGCUGGACGGGGCGUCCCGCUACCGGCUCUCCUGGGGGGUCCGGGGCAGCGCCGUGGCCUUCCGCCUGGAGGUGCGCACCCUGGGCUACGUGGGCUUCGGGUUCUCCCCGACGGGAGCCAUGGCUUCGGCGGACCUCGUGCUGGGCGGCCUCGACCGGGGGAAGCCCUACCUGCAGGAUUAUUUUACUAACGCAGACAGGACACUGAAAAAAGAUUCACAGCAGGAUUACCAUCUGGAGUAUGCCAUGGAAAACAGUACCCAUACAAUUCUAGCUUUCAAUCGGCAACUUCAUACUUGUGAUCCUAAUGACAUGAGUAUAACGGAGAGCACAGUAAGGGUGAUAUGGUCAUAUCAUGACAAAGACUUCAGAGAAGGAAGUCAAAAUUACCAUGGUUCAAAUCGAGGGACGAAGAGUCUUCGUUUACUGAAUCCUGAGAAGAAUGCUUUUAUCGAUCCUUCUCUGCCAUAUUUUGAUUUGACAAAUCAAGGCGUGCCUAUACCAGACAAAGACACAACAUACUGGUGCCAAAUGUUUAAGAUACCUUCACUGCAUGAAAAGCAUCACGUGAUAAAGGUUGAACCAUUGAUACAGAAAGGUCAUGAGAAUGUGGUGCAUCACAUUCUACUUUAUCAAUGUAGCAGCAGUCUCAAUGAUAGUGUAUUGGAUUAUGGUCAUGAAUGCUAUCAUCCAAACAUGCCAGAUUCAUUCCUCACCUGUGAAACUGUCAUUUUUGCUUGGGCCAUUGGAGGAGAGGGCUUUACAUAUCCUCCUCAUGUUGGCUUAUCCAUUGGGACAGCACUAGACCCACAGUAUGUGCUUAUGGAAGUCCAUUAUGAUAAUCCAUCAUAUGUGGAAGGCAUGAUAGAUAACUCUGGAUUGAGGCUAUUUUAUACUCCAGAUUUAAGGAGAUAUGAUGCUGGUGUUAUAGAAGCAGGUCUUUGGGUCAGUCUGUUUCACAACAUCCCACCAGACAUGCCAGACUUCAUAUCCGAAGGUCACUGCACUCAGGAAUGCCUGGAAGAAGCACUUGAGGCUGAGAAACCAAGUGGGAUCCAUGUUUUUGCAGUUCUUCUCCAUGCACACCUUGCUGGUAGAGCUAUAAGAAUGCGCCAUUUCCGUAACGGUGAUGAACAGCAGCUGCUGGCUUAUGACGAUGAUUUUGACUUCAACUUCCAGGAGUUCCAGUAUCUAAAAGAAGAAAGAACCAUCUUGCCUGGAGAUAAUUUAGUCACUGAAUGCCACUAUAGUACCCUGGAUCGACAACAUAUGACUUGGGGUGGUCUUAGUACCAGAAAUGAAAUGUGCCUAUCGUACCUUCUGUAUUAUCCAAGAAUAAAUCUCACCCGCUGUGCAAGUAUUCCUGACAUAAUGGAGCAACUUGAGUUUAUUGGAGUUAAAGAAAUAUACAGACCAGUAAGGACUUGGCCAUUCAUUAUCAAGAGUCCAAAGCAAUACAGAAAUCUUUCUUUCAUGGAUGCAAUGAACAAGUUUAAAUGGUCCAGAGAGCAUGGUGUUUCCUACAAUGACUAUGUUCUUAGGUUGCCAGUGAAUGUAAGAUGUACCAAAACUGACAAUGCAGAAUGGACAAUGCAAGGAAUGAUGACUUUUCCACCUGAAGUAGAGCGACCAUAUAAAAAAGAAGAAGUUAUAUGUAGUUCAGCUUCUUCUUUAAAUUGCAGUCUAUUUGUAUUCCUUUUUAUAGUUCUAUACAUCUCAACUACUGCUCCAAGGAAUAGUGUGUUUGUUGUAUAAUUAUUUUGAUUGUACUCACAUAUGAUUUUUGUGCCAUGCAAUUCCUGAAAUGUUUGCACUGUUGCUCCUGUAGAUUUAUUUUUUUUACAUAUUAAUAAAAUAAGUUUGUUUCAAAAAUAAUGUUCACCUCAUUUGAAAGAAAGAUGCUGUUUUAAAGGUAAAAUUACAAUAUAUUAUGUACAUAAAAUUCACUCCUUUGCAAUCUGUUAUUUAAACUGAUUCAUAGAAUUUCAUUUGACUCAUCCUGGCACAUCACUUUGUAACUCCAAAAGCUGCUCUGUAUUUGAAUACCAGUAUAAUAAAUUAAACUUUAUCUAUGAAACCUUA